CACCGCGCGCUACUCCACACCGGGAGCAGCGCGUGAGGAUGAUGCCAGCCAGAGAUAUAGAUGGAUUGGCGAGGGAGGGGGAGAGAAAAAAAACCUGCACAGUGACACAACUAUAGAGUAAAGAGGAGGCUGGUUGGUGCGUGAGAGUAAAACUGCGAGAGUUGCGGAACAAAGGACAAAUAAUAGAGCGGAGGGGAACAGGAAAAAGCCGGACACUCGCUGGUUCUUUUUCUGCCCGCACCGAUGUCCGAGGCCCGCCGGGUGCCAGCUGAAGAGAGUCGACCGAGGCAGAGCGCUUAGGAACGGCCACUGGAGCGGAACGCGUCGAGGGGGGAACGGACACCGCUGGAGCUCUUCUCUGUGACUGAGAUGAUGGAUUCCCCCACAGAUCUUUUCGAUGACUCCGCUCCCCAGAUGCACGCAUUUGCUCCCACCCACAGCUCCACAGAUCUCCCUGGAGUUCACCCUCCACCCAGUGCCGGGCGCCCUCCUCCAGCCUUUAGACCCCCCGGAUUCCCCCUCAUCCACCACCUCCUCCAGCCAAGCGGAGCUCCCAGGAGGAUUGGAGGGCAACUCAACGCAAACGCGAGCACGCACAGACACCUAGAAGACAGAGAUUUGGAGGAAGACAGGGGAGAGAGGGAUGGACAGGUGGAGCAAGGGAUGGACGGAGGAGAGGACGGAGUGAUGGAGGGGGAGGACGGCUUGCUGGGGGUUAAGAAGAGGCACAGCGCCGCCGCCCUCGUGGCCGAGUGGAGUCAGGACGUCCUGAAAGUGAAGCGGAUGAAGCUGGAGAGCCGACCGAGAGACGGAGAGGCUGAGGUGGGAGGCAGGAGGCGCGAGGGAGGGAGGGAGGGGAAGAGGAGAGAGAGGGAGGAGCUGAAAGAACAGCUGGAGGAGGCGAGAGAGAGACUGCAGGCCCUGCAGGAGAAGGUGUGGAGGGCCUUUGGGGAAAAGCACUUGGCAGAGGAGGAGAAGGAGAUGAGGUGCAGAAACAGAGGAGGAGGAGGAGAUGGAGGAGGAGGAGAUGCUGGGAUGACGGAGGAGGAGGACAUCACAGAAGGGAUGUAUGAUGAGGAGGACAUCGAUGGCGGAGAGAUGGAAAAGGAAACUUUCUCCCUUCUUUCCGUUUCCCCUUUUGACAACUUCCACAAACAGAGGGAGGAGAGGCAAAAAGACAGAGAGGGGAGGAUAGAGCAAGGAAGAGGAGGAGGGUUGCACUUGGAGGGUGUGAUGGAGGGAGCGGGGUUGUGGUUGGACUGUGGCGGGCUGGUGAGGGGCGAUUGGCACGGAGGGAUGGAAGAUGAGGGCGAGGAGGGAGGGCAGAAGUUCGCUCAGGCGCUGAAGGUAGAGCUGGGCAGCGCCGUGGCUCGAGUCAUAGACCGAGUUCUCCGCCUUUACACCGAGACGACGGACGCCGCUCCCUCCUCUCCCCCCGCCGCCAUCUCCUUCCUCCCGUCCGACGCGGGGAACGACAGCGGGAGGGAGAGGGGAGUGUGGAUGGGGCUGUUGACGAGAGGAAGAGGGGAGGACAAAGGGAGAGGUGAGGAGGAAAAGACGGGGAGGCAGGACGGCGAAAGAGAGAAGCAGGUCCAGAAAAGGAGCAACGGGAGCGCCCCGCCUCCGGGACCGCCUCAUCUCGCUGAGCCGACAGAUCUGGCAAUGUCAUUGGUUGUCCAAAGGUCACCUGACAUACGAAAAGCCCACCCACUCCUCGGCCCGCCUCUCUCCGCUCACCUCAACCCCUCUCACCCGAACCUCUCCCUUCAUCACCCUUCUCUACCUCGCCCUCCCCCUCUGUCUCACCCCUCACUCCUGCCUCCCGCUUCCCAACCCAAGGACCUCUCCUCCUCCUCCUUCCACCUGUCCUCCUCCUCCUCCUCCUCGUCCUCCUCUUCCUUCCCCGUGCCCCCCCCUCCUCCCCCUCCGCCUCCUCCCCCGCUCACUCUCCCCCUGCUCCACUACUCCAUGCAGCAGCUCUUCUCCCGCUCCCUUCACCACCCUCAGCUGGCCCACCUCCCCCCAUCCCGCAAGGACUAUUUGAACUCCGACCCCUUCCUGGAGUUCUCGUCUCACCCCUCGUCUCACCCGUCUUUCCCGCCGCUCCCCCUGCUCGGACACCUCGACCCCUCCCUCGCGCGCCACACUCACGGAGGCCGAGAGAGAGGGAUGAGGGGAGACGGGGGGAUGAGAGGAGGAGGAGGGAUGGACGGAGGAGAGCUCUACCUGACUGCUGGGGGAGUAUACACCCAGGAGGGCUUGUCUCCCUGCCAUCUGAAGAAAGCCAAGCUCAUGUUCUUCUACGCACGCUAUCCCAGCUCCAACACGCUCAAGACCUACUUCCCUGAUGUCAAGUUCAACCGCUGUGUGACCUCCCAGAUGAUUAAAUGGUUCAGUAACUUCAGAGAGUUCUUCUACAUCCAGAUGGAGCGCUUUGCACGUCAAGCUGUCCGCGAGGCUCUCACCCGGGACGGUGCAUCUCGUCUGGGCCGAGAGAGUCAGCUGCGAGUGGGCCGCGACACGGAGCUUUACCGCAUACUGAACAUGCACUACAAUAAAAGUAACGUCUACCAGGUGCCAGAGAGGUUCAUCGAGGUAUCAGACGUGGCUCUGAGGGAGUUUCACUCCGCCAUUUGGACUGGGAGAGACAGCGACCCCUGCUGGAAGAAAGGGAUAUAUAAGAUUAUCUGUAAACUCGACAGUCCUGUCCCAGAUGCCUUCAGGAUGCCCGGUUGUCCUGUUGGCUGAUAAUUGAAGCCCGUUCAUCUGGUAACAUGUACACACAUGCAUGCACAAAACACAAACUCACUGAAAGAAGGGGAUUUUAUUAAAGUGUUCACAAACCGUACGAUCCCACACCGUGAGAACUGGCAUGAGGAAAUCCACUCAAUUCUACUAUUCGGUUCACUCAUAAUUCAUUCGUUUUGAUGUAUUUUGUUUCACAUAGUUUCCAGGAAAAUGCAUACAUGCUCAAAUGGACACACACACACACACACACACACACACACACACACACACAGGCAUAGCAGUGCAGUGAUGGGAGUCUUGUGACUGCACUUAUUGAGGAGCGUGACCGUACCAUUGAAUGAACACAGGGCAGGACAGGAAUUCCCUCUCCAAACAUUCUUCGCCAUUCAGCCGACUUAUGAAAACAAAGUCGCUGCAGCCACAGAGAUGCAAUAGACCGACUGAUUUUAGCAACAAUGUCAUGGAGAUAUGCAUAUACUUGCUGCGCGUGGUGUGUUGCCGUGAGAUUGGCUACCGUUUCAAGCGUCGUGCCCUGGCUACACGUCGUUCACUCACCUGAAAAUAUAAGAUGCAUUCUAUCUCGGUGAUCAAAUAUACUGUUUACCAAGCAUGGGCACCGCACAAAUACAUCAUUUACUAUAAUAUGAUCUGUAACACGUUUCAGAUAUUUUCAAACGAAGAGCCAACAACCUGAGCACUUAUAUAAAUGACUUAGAUUAGUCGCCCCAUUUCCCUCCUCGUCACCUUCACUGUGAGCAGCGUUUUAAAAACCCAGCUUCCUGCUUCCUUUUUUUCAGAGGAAGCCGUUUUACAUUAGAGACCAGUGAAAACAUUGAAUAUGAUUGUUUGCUAGAAGCGGUUAUUGUUGCCUUGUGUUCUCUGGAGCGUCAGAAGUACCUUGUUUGUUCAGUGCGCCCCACAGCUUUUACAUUUUAAAACACAUUUUCCCUGGCUGUGAGGAUGCUUUUCUCUUUCUUUUCUCUCCACCAACAGAAAGCUGUCAUGUUUGCAUUAAUCCAAAGUUGUUUUUUAUACCCACUUAAAAAAAAUCAGGCUGGGGAAAUCUUUAAAGAGAAAGUGAGGACCAAUCGUAAUUAAUGUUAAUUAUAUAUUGUAACUUUUUUUGGUUAAUUGUAAGAUUUUUAAAACAUGACGUUGCCCUUGUUUUAGAAAACUACCAGGGCAAUGGUUUCAGUCAGUGGAUUUAUUAUUGCCUGUAUAUCCAUCUCUUUGUUCACUAUUGAAUUAUUAUAUAACUUUUGUACAUGAUGGCACAAUGUAAUGAAAAUGUAAUUAAAAUUCUGCAAAGAGGGACAAUAUAUUGAAUUUCAAAUAGUACAAAUGAAUGUUUUGUUGUUUCCUUGACGUACUGUUAUUGUUGAAAUAUUCACUUCUGUUUUUGUAUUCCUUUAACGUGAUGCUAAACUAAAUAAGCCGGUUGUACAGUCAGCAUAUAUCGACAUUCGUCUCCCAAAGGUAUCGCAGUAACUUUCACUCUGUCUACUGUACAUCAUGACUCUUAUAUCGAGAGGAAACGUGGGUUUCUGUUCAUAAAAACGUGUUGAUUGACAGCUGCAGAUUAAGUCCUCCUCUAGCUUAAUCACGCCUCUGUGAGACCGAGCCUGUGUAUGUAAACUAUUCGUGACGUGUUUUCAACUGCAUGUUUCCUAUAUUUGCAUUACAUUUCGUAUUGUAAUCCCUUUUUUUGUCGUUGCUUUCAUUGGUUUCUCUUUUAUACUGUACAUAUUUAGAUCUGUGCCUCAUGCAGACUUUGGUGAUUUUUGGGUGUUUGAAUUUAUCAGUGAAUUAAAGUGAUACCAGGCU